GCAUCUGACUGCAAUCUGACUGCAAAGGGCCGCCGCAGAGGGAUGGGCGGUUCGGGGCCCGCCGCCUCUUACUACUGGCCGCCUGCCUGGGGCUCUGCCGGGCGCUAGGAGGUGAGAGUAAAUUUGGAUACAAGUGAACAAAUGCUCCUUUCUGAGCAGAGAUUUCAUAUGGAUGACUUUAUUUGGCAUCUCGUGGAACUGCGCUAUGUUAAGCAUAAUAUUUCCUUUGUUAUUGACAAACGUUACGAGACAACUGGCCAAAUGGCACCUGGUGGGAUGCGUAAUUUGAGUUUUCAACAUGGAAUCUACGUAGGAGGCCACAGGGCACUCGAUGUACCUUAUCUGGAUGGAAAGCUCCCCAAUUUUCAAGGAUGUAUGAAAGAUGUGGUAUUUAACCAGAGGGAGAUCCUUACAUCCCUUAGAUCUUACCCUGGUUUUAAGAAGGUUUAUGAGGUGUCACUAGGAUGCAAUGAUGAGUUUUUUUGCAGGGGAGGAUGAAGCCAUCAAUUUCUUUAGCUCCAGAUUCUCUGUCACUUUUCCAGAAUGGAGAGUGCAAAGACAAGGGCUAUUGGAAUUUACUUUGCAAACUGUAACUCAGCAAGCCUUGCUUUCAUUUCAGUUGGGUAAGGAAGGAGAUUUUCUUGCUUUGGAAAUAGAUGAACGUCUAUUGAAGCCUUAUGUAGAAAGGCUUAAAGUAAAACUCAGCUUUCUUCUUUUAGUUUUGUCAGUGACAACAAGAGGCAUGUUAUUCCAUUCAAAUUCACAGGGGAGUAUCUGGACCUAACAGUAGAUGAAAAAAAGGUAAGGAAGUCACUGCCUUUGCAAAGCAAACCAUUUGUAUCUGAAGGAGCCCUUUUUGUGGGAGGUCUUGAUAACCAAAUGUGGGAAGAAGUAAAGAGGUUAGAACUCGCCUCUGUGCCUGGGAAAUUUGCUCGAGGAACCUCUUUCAAAGGGUGCUUAAGAAGCUUGGAAGCUGAUUCAGAAAAGAAAGCAUUAAGGGAUGCCCUUGUUUUCAAAGGUAUUUCUGCUGGUGUAAAACUGAGAGUGUUGACAACACAAAUCCUUCCAUAACAGCGAUAGAAAAUCUGCUUCAGUCAGAAGUUUUCCUUUCCACUGUCGUCCGUGAAGUCAUCAAGCCUUUUCUUCAAGAUGAGAGCAGCGAUUUCUUGGUUUUGAGUAACUUGGGGGUCCAAGAAGGUGGACCUUACUGGAACAAAGGCACAUGAAGCUGGAUGUGAAAUUUAAGGAUUUGAGUAUCCAUCAUUCUCAAAUACUAUUUAAAAUACAGGAAAGGCCUAUACAUGGGUUCCUUCCAUUAGAUGUGCCACCUGAGCAAGAAAUGGAGAUGGCUUUUACCAUGUUAGACUUAUGGCAAGGAAAAGUUUGGUAUGUCCACAAAGGUUCAGAAGAACCUAUAGAUUAUUUUACAUUUUUGGUUUCUUCCAAUAGCAAGAAAGAAAUGCCAUUAUAUCUGCAAGAACGUGUUCCACAUAUGUUUAACAUUAUUGUCAUUCCAGUCAACGAUCCCCUGUUCCUUAGGGUACCAGAAGGAAACUUGCUUCUUCUAUUUGAGAACUCUAAGAAACAACUGACCCUAAGUAUGACAGACAUGUCAGACUCUGACACAGAUUCUUUGAGUCUUAGUAUUUCAGUUCUUGGCAACUUCAAUUCAGAUGCUGGGUUUUUAGAAAAUGCAAAUGAUCCCGGGAAAGCCAUUAAUCAUUUUACACAUGAAGAUUUAAGAGAUGGCAACAUUUUCUAUGUGCACAGGGGUCAUCAAAACUCUCAUAUUGUUCUGAGAGCAAGUGAUGAAGAGCUGGUUAGUAAUAGAGCAGUGUUGCGAAUCAUGGCUGUUCCUUGGGACUUUGCAGUGGCCAAUAGAAUUGGUGUGGUCAUAGAACAGGGUGGCACUCCUCUGAUUACACGGAGUAACUUGUCAGUGGAGGUUAAUGGUGAAUGGCAUGAGAUGGAGACCUGCUCUGACAUCACUCAGUAUGGCCAGAUCCAGUGGCGAGAGUCAAGUGGGAAAUUGAGACAAGUUAGUUCCUUUUCUCAGCGUUCUGUGGAUCAGAGUCAGGUCCGGUACUGUAGUACAUUCAAAGAAUUGCGCUAGAAAAUGUUAUGUAUCACUUUAAAUUUAAAGUUAACAUAGAAGGAAAAGUUGGUGAAAAGCUGAUAUUUCCAGUUACAGCACAAUGGCUAAAGUUUAUCCUUCUGAAAAAUGUUCCUCUAGAGAUCAGUCAACUAAACAAGCACAUACUGAAUUCGGAUCAUUUGCAGGCUGCAACAGAGGGUGUGGAAGUAGCUGAGAGGGAACUACUUUUUAAGUUACUGAUCCCAUCUAAGAAAGGAAAAUUGCUACUUGGCAAUAACGUUCUAAAAACAAACUCAAUCUUCAGCCAAAAAAAUAUUACAGACUUUAAGAUAAGUUGCGAACCUCAGGAAAAGCCAAGGGAAGACUCACAGGAUACUUUUAGGUUUUUGGUUGUUGCAAAAUAGAUAGAAUCAAAAGAUUAUACUUUCAGAAUCAGCUUUAAAGCAGAUAAGACAUACAUUAUUUUAACAGAUUAUUUUUAAAAGAAGGAGAAGGGAAAUUAAUUUAAAAAUCAGAACUGUUUGUUCAAAUUUUGGGCAAUCAGAUCUUCCAAUAUAAAAUCUCCAAAGGCCCUCAACAUGCGAAGCUGAAACUGCUUAGCUUGUCUGAUUCUCUGGAAAUAAAUAACAAUAUCACUAUGUUCACAAAUCAAGACAAAGUGAGUGAACAGCUGAUGUAUGUUCAAGAUGACUCUGAAACUGAAGGUGAUGAGUAGUUCUUUGUUGUGGCCUCCACCAAAGGACCAGGGGAACAGUCAGGGAUCUUGACUCAGAGCAUUCAUCUACGGAAAUAAAAGUCACCAUUUCUAUUUGGUUAAAGAAUGAUGAGAAACUAGUAUGCAUGAGAGAUAAAGUCUUUCAUGUUGUGCGGAAUGACCAGCACUUAUUGACCCUGGCAGAUCUCUGUUGCCAUGACCCUGACUUAGAUUUUGAUGAUGGGCAGUUGCUGUACACCCGGCGGGGCAUCCCAAAUGGGGAUUUGGUGUGAGCCAGCGACCCCACUCAUAAACUCUACCAGUUCAGGCAAGAGGACCUGUGGGAAGGGCACGUGCUUUUCGGGCAUCAGGGUGCAGACUCGGCCCGCUUUGUGCUGUUUGUGACAGAUGGUGUCCACUACACAUCGUCUGUUCCUGAGGUCAGUGUGUCAGACCCUUAUGUCCAGAUAGCCAACAACACGGGGCUGUUCAUACAGAGAAGAAAAGAUGGCAGCCUCACAGCGGCCAACCUAAGUAUCACCACAAACCAAGAUGUCAGAACAGACCACAAGAUUGAAUUCUACAUUGUGCAGGCCCCAAAGCACGGCAGGAUCCUGGUCAAUCAUUCUGUUUCCCACUCACUUUCUCAGGAUGACUUGAUGACAUGUGAUUGAUAGGUACGAUGGUAGUGGCAACUUUGAUGUAUUCAACCUGACAGUGAAAGUUAAAGCCACAUGCUUAGAGGUGGGAGUGGGAGUCUGUGUUCAAGUGUGUGGAAGGUCACCCACAUCACACACAGGUUCUGCACAUCAAGACUCUUGUAGUUGAAGAAAGAAAAGCAGUAAAACUGAAUACCGGAAGGCUCCAGGUAGGUAAUUAUCCUAUCCAUAACACCAAGAAUUCUCAUUUUCACAGGCGCUAAUAAUCUGUUUGCUUCUGAAAGCUAUUUUUGUGAUGAUUUCUCCCCUGGUAUUAGGAGUGAAUUUUUAAAAAUAUAGAUGCCGUUGAGAAGAAAACUUGGAAGAUUUCAUGAUUUUGAUGCUAUCAAUUUUCCUACAGUUGGAAAUGGAAUGUAAGCAAUGCUCAGGUUUAUUUUAAAGCUGGGCUCACGUGUGCAUACGUGUGCAUGUAUACGUUUAGUACAGUAAAAACUUGGACUAAGGAAGAGAGGUAUAUAUUAUGGUAAAUUAAGAGAUCUUUUAUUCAUUAUUCAUAGCAACACUGUCAAUACUUCAUUUGAUUUGAGUUAUAUUUAUGAUGUGUUGAAGCACAGUAUAAAAACUUGGAGUAAUUUAACAAAUGUAAGAAACAUUCCCAAGUUAGCUGAAAACACUAUAUUAUAUAGUUUUUUAGUUCUGAAUGUGGCUUUGUUUAGUAUCCUGAAAAUGAUGGUUAAAACUAGCCUAGACCAGUGGAAUGUCAGAGGUGAGACCAAAAGUCACCUGGUUUCCCGGGGCUCCUACUGGAAACUUCCAGCAGGCACAGCCAUGCUGAUCAGAGUUAGGAAGGGGUGUACUUCUUUUGGGUAAUGCUGUAUAGGAUGUGGGAUGUGUAAGCUGUGAUUUAUAACAACUGGCCACAAAUGCAGGCUAUUCUGAAUCUACCCUCAGGACUGCAAACAAGUUUACUUUUUUGCUAGAUGCAGCCAAUAAAAUUAAUUAAAAAUGAAUUCAAAUCAGAAUGGGUUAAACAGUGAGUUUUGAAUAAGAGUUUGAAUAGUGAGUUUUGAAUAAGAACUAGCUUUUUUGUUCUUUUUCAAAAGCUUAUACUUAAGUUUCACCACAAGGGGGCAUAUGCAGCCCAAUGACUACACACCAGUUAUAAUCAGAUUUGAGAUGGAGUUUGCUGAAUUAAAAAAAAAGUAUUGAAAAUGCUGAGCGAGUUAAAAUGGGGGAUGAAAACUUUCCUCUCAAGGUCUUACAAGUUUACUGACCCAACUGCUGCUUCUUCUACCUUCUUUCACCUCAACCUUCGAGUCCUGGGGUUUUUGCUGCUGUGAAUGACACUUGGUUGAUACAUUAGUAGCUGCUCAAGUGUUGCUGACCAUUACUUUUUUUGUGACCAGGGCUGAUAUUAAAAAUAUUGGCAUGGGCACCAAAAUAGACUCAGGUUUAAACUGUGUAUCAACCCUAAGUACAACUUAAGCCAAUUGUGGACGUUAAUAUAAGACAAUGUGGUUAUCAACAGUCUUGACUUUUACAUUUAUUAGUAUUUGUGUGUGUGUGUGUGUCUAGAUAUUGUGUGUGUGAACUCAAGGCUGGGCAUGAAGAUAAUAUUCCUUCAGAGGCAGUGUUCACAGUCGAAACUCCACCAAUGCAUCGAUACCUCCAAAAAUUUAUACCAGAAGAAGGCAGCUUGGGUGCAGAUGAAAAGUCCCCUUUGACUUUUACACAACCGGAUGUGGAGGAUGGCAAUAUCCUUUAUGUGCAGACAGCCCCCAACCAAGAACAGGACUGUUUUUCCCUGAAUGUGAUGAAUGGUUUCCAAGUUGUGAGCAGAGUCGAAAUCUUGGUCGAUAUCACGCCUAAGUGGAUUCUUCUGCAGGUGCAGAAUUUCACAGUUCAAGAAGGUGGCUCCAGAGCACUUCUAGAAGACUACCUCAAAAUUCCAAGCAAAUAUUUUGAGGGACUUGACUGUGAAUUUGUUCUGCUUGAACCACCAAAAUACAGUGAUGUCAAAAGUUCUAAUUUUCCAAGAGGAAAGCUAAUGAACUUUAUCGGGAAACAGUUUCUAAUAGAGUGGUGAAGGAAGGCACCGUUGAGAAAGCAGCGUCUGAGCAGACCCCGGAGGAGGUGAUGGAUAGGAAAAUGCAAAAGAGGAGACUUGAAUUGCAGAAGAAAUUGUUGAGGAAAACGGAACCAGAGCUUGGAGAUUUGGAAAAUUCUCAGCCUAUCCAUACUGCAAAAAUUAGAAAACUUGUGCUGAAGAGAAUCCUGAAAGUGUGGCUGAACAAUGAUCUGAUAAAGAGAUCAUGAAUGAGAUUCAUAGACUAUAUCAGCCAUCUUAACAGAAAUGAGGAGAGACUGGAUUAUACUAGAAGACACACUGCCACUGAGACUGUGCCACCUAAAAUAGACAUACAAGGCAGAACAAGCAAGGCCGUCACAGUUCUUAGAUUUUACAAGAAGGGGACACAGAAAUAAUCGGCUGUGAAAGUUUACUGGCAGUUAUGGAUGGUUUCAUUCCCGCCAUGCUCUGCAGGAUCCGAGGGAACAGAAGAGACCUUUGGAGGAGCAUCUUUUAACAAUCCACCUCUGGGGCUUACAUCGUCUUGGCUCCUGGUGGAAAAUGAAUUGAUUUACUAUGUUCAUGAUGACAGCGAGAAGCUUCAUGACAAUUCACCAUCUUUGCAAAUAGCUCAGAGCUUGGAAAACAGUCUUCCCCAAACUCUUUCUGUGACUGUUGAAUCUGUAAAUGAUGACGCUCCGGUGGUAACAGCCAAUAACAUCCUUCAGAACCUGUGCAUGAAUCCAUAAGACUGGCUUGAAGAAAAACUGUAACUAAUACAAUAAGUGCUCAAAAAACAGCCUUUCAUCCUUUUCAGUGUGAUCCCAGAUUGACUUUUAAAGUACAUCUGCAUUUAUCCUUCCUCCCUCUGUUUCCGAAGUUCAUUACCAUCAUGGCUAAAGAAUAAGAAACCAAUGUGUGGAUGAAUUCUGUUCACUGAGAUGACCGGUGGUGACCUCUGUGCAGAAGAUGGGGACUCCUCUCCACAGGACCUGGCCUACUGGGUCACUCCACCCAGCAACGGGCAUUAGGCUCUUAAGUCCUUUCCCAGCCAAAGCAUUCAGAACUUCACCCAGGCACCAAUCAAUGAGGGCCAGCUAGUUUUUGUACAUGCCGGUCUCUUCUAUUUUAUCUCAGAAGCUUAAAUAGUUGUACUGGGAGAAGGAUGGCAACUUAGCUUUAAAGAAUUUUAUCUGCACCUCCAACUGAAGGCCUCACUGUGCCCAUGACAGGAAACUGUUCAUAGAAAAUUAAAAUGACAAAUAGGGAGCUUUUGUCAAGGAGGGAGACAAGGUUCUAAUUGACCAAUUUAAGUUAGAUGCCUCCAACCUCUUAUUCAAAUUGCCUGAAUCUCAGCGCUCUUCCUACGAAAUUUGGUUCCAAGCGACAUCUCUUCCUUACCACGGAACAAUUAUGGUUGGAGAAAGAAAUAUUACCAAAGGAAAACCCAGUUCGUCUCAGUAUAUAAUUAAUAAAUUUGGAAUUACAUACAUUCAUGAUGACUCUGAAUCACUGGCUGAUAAUUUUACCUUUGUGGUUUGGCCAAACCAAAAGAGCAAGUUCAAUACCAAGCCGGAAGCUGACUUUGUUGAAGAAAUGUUUAAUAUCACCAUCUCUCCAGGUGAUAUUAUUAUAAUGACCAGGCACCCGAAUUAAAGACAAAGGGGCUUUGGUUGAAAGUUCUGCAGGGCAGUAGGUUGCCUGUGGGACCUGAACAUCUGAAAGUGGAAGAUCUGGACAGUCCUCCAGAUGAAAUCAGAUCUAUGAUCAUCUGUAAUCCUAAUAAUGGCUUUUUGGCAAUGGCUUACCUUCUGGACACACCUGUUCGCCAUUUUGCAUAAGCUGACAUUGAUAACUCUAAGGUGUGGUUCACACAGGAUGGAAGCCCUUCCUCUGGAGUGUUCUACUUUAGUGUGGCAGAUGGUGCACACCGUCCCUAUAUAAGCUCUUGACCUGGAUGUCAUUCCCGUCUGCAUCAGCAUUGUGAACCUUACUGACCUACUUCUCCCACAAGGCCAGACAACCAUCACCAUCACCAAUGCUCACCUGUCAGCCACGACCAGUGGGAGGAGCCCCCAAAUCUCUUACAAGAUAACAUGGCCCCUCCAACAUGGGCACCUGCUGAUUGAAGACCAGGUGGCCGGCAAUUUUGGACAGGAAGAUUUGGAUUCAGGAAGACUCUCUUAUCACAUGACAAAUCUCACUGCCACACAGGACCAGCUACAGUUCUCACUGUUUACAUCAGAAAGCAACCUGACAGGACAAACACUGAACAUCAGAGAGCAGCCUUUACUGCAGGUUAUGUCAGGCCUGAAAAUUGCUGACGAAGUGGCUCAUCAGCUGAGAAGAAGGGACCUAGAUGCUACCGAGCUUGCUAAUAUGACUAACAGUGAUCCCAAAUUUGAAGUGAUAGAGCCCCCUGUACAUAGAAGACUGGGACGAAGAGGGGUUCGCAGCAGUGUGAUGGAAGAGGCUACUGUAUUCACUCAGAGGGACAUUGACCAAGGGCAGCUGGUAUUCCACCAACAGGCGUGGGGAUGCUGAACGACUCCUUCACUUUCUUGCUCAGGGUAGAUCAUGUACAGUCAGUGAUAGGUUAUCUCCCCUUCACCAUAGUGCCACCUGACCCCUCACUUUUGCAAACAUUUACACCAGAUGUUCCUUUAUUUGUCACUGGAGACAACCUUGUAACCUCAGUUCUCUCUCAGGAGAAGCCUGUGUUUUCCUCAGGACUCACGGCACAGACAGAAACUUUAGUGAAACUGACCCAGACCAGAUGGCAGAAAGCAGAUCCCUGGGGACAGCACAGUGGUGAAGAGCUCAGUGUGGAUGGAGAGUCUCUGCCAUCAAGGUCAUUUGGCCACCAGCCACCACUAAUAGUCAGCCGUUGGGCACCCACGCAGCCCAGAGAAAGCAGGUACCCUCUGAUGGUCAUCGUACCCUUGGCUGCCAUGGUCUUCCUGCUGAUAGUGGCUGCAGUGGUUUUGUCUGUCUGGCUGUUGAGCCACAGGUAGAAAAGGCAAAACCCCUUAUCAAGCCCCAGACCAGCCUGGAACACACAACCGCAAGUCAUAGGCCAGAAAGGAGCAUAACGGUUCCCACUGUCACAGUGACACCCCUUCUACAAAGCUCCAGCAGCCCGCCAGUCUGUCUUUUCAGGGCCCCGCGGUGUGAACAAAUGUAUUCUCCAGUGGCUGAGCCAGUGGACAAAUGUGCUGCUUGGGAGACGUGAAUGAACCUGGACCCCGACAUGGUCAAACUCUGCCAACAAACCAACCCAACGCUGAAGCACAACCAGUACUGGGUGUAGAUUGAGGGCUCACAUUUCUUACUGACUACCUACCGUGUUCCAGGCACUGGGAUAGGCAUUGGGAUAUAAAGCAAAUAAAUGCUGAUUGGAUCAACUGAGAAAAGCCAGGCCCUGCUAGUGAUUCAAUGUUCAAUCCUAGCUCCAUGGUUAGAUGUUUGCUGGCUUGUUGAUUGUGACUUGUACAACACUCAUGGGCUUUCCACAACGGGCUCUUUGUGUCAUCUUCUGGACCUGAUUUUCUCAGUAUCCAUCAGUUGGUCAAUAUUUAAACCCUUUACUAAGGUGGUACACAACGUGUUAGCUCCACUGAGAAUGCCAGUAUUAACUUGGGGCAUAGAGUUAAAGGAGGAAAGCUUUGAAUACUUUACACUGAUAAUUCCCUCUGAGUGAGUCAGCAGGAAGUGCAAGAACUAUUUCAGCAUGUAGAAGAAGUAAUUUAUCACAUCAAUGAGUAUGUUUACGUAAUGUUUUUCUGUAAUGUCUUUUCCUCCUUGGAGUCUCUAGGUUUGAUUUCCUAGUGCAGGAAAUGCCUCAGUGCUCUAGGUAGUGCUGGGACAGUCUGGCCCCUUUUGAAAUUAUCUACUGAAUACAUUGUGUUUCAUCAGGAGGCUUUGUCUAUUCUAAUUUAUAAAAUCAAGCCUAGAAUAGAAAUAUUGUUUGAAGCCUUAUGGGACAGAAAAGUUUGUUGAAUAUUUUUGUGAUGCCUCAAUUUGGCUUAACUUUACAAUGAAUUAAAAUAAUGGUCCAGGCCCAGUG